UCCAAAGACGUUUAACACACCAGCACAAAAGGCUACUUAGGUUGUCUUUGUAUGAAUUUGGUUGACUAGAGAAAUAAAUUAAAAAGGUGCUUUGAUUGAAGAAGUCACAUGGACAUAAUCACCAUUUCAACAAUAUAUUAGAUGAUGGUUAUUGGAACAGCCCAAACAUUUAUCACAGAGCAAGAGAUAUAGCUUGAGUGGCUACUAGACUAUUCCAGAAUCAAGGAAUGGAUGACUACAGGUAUCGGGACAACUAUGAGGGCUAUGCCCCUAAUGAUGGCUACUACCGGGGCAAUGAGCAGAACCCGGAAGAAGAUGCACAGAGCGAUGUUACAGAAGGCCACGAUGAGGAGGAUGAGAUCUAUGAGGGCGAGUACCAAGGCAUCCCUCAUCCAGAUGAUGUCAAGUCUAAGCAGACUAAGAUGGCACCGUCCAGAGCAGAUGGCCUUCGGGGCCAGGCAGACCUGAUGGCUGAGAGAAUGGAAGACGAGGAGCAGCUUGCUCACCAAUACGAGACCAUCAUUGAUGAGUGUGGCCAUGGGCGCUUCCAGUGGACCCUCUUUUUCGUCUUGGGUCUGGCCUUGAUGGCUGACGGAGUGGAAGUGUUUGUGGUGAGCUUUGCUCUGCCAAGUGCAGAGAAAGACAUGUGUCUGUCAAGUUCCAAGAAAGGAAUGCUUGGGCUGAUCGUCUACCUAGGAAUGAUGGCGGGAGCCUUCAUCCUGGGGGGCCUGGCUGAUAAACUGGGAAGGAAGAAGGUCCUCAGCAUGUCCUUGGCCAUCAAUGCCUCCUUUGCCUCCCUCUCCUCCUUCGUGCAGGGAUAUGGAGCCUUCCUCUUCUGCAGACUCAUCUCAGGCAUAGGUAUUGGGGGCUCCCUGCCAAUUGUUUUUGCCUACUUUUCUGAGUUCUUAUCACGGGAGAAACGCGGUGAGCAUCUCAGCUGGCUGGGUAUCUUCUGGAUGACGGGGGGCAUCUACGCAUCUGCCAUGGCCUGGAGCAUCAUUCCACACUACGGCUGGGGCUUCAGCAUGGGGACCAAUUAUCACUUCCACAGCUGGAGAGUGUUUGUCAUCGUCUGUGCUCUGCCUGCCACUGUGUCCAUGGUGGCCCUGAAGUUCAUGCCAGAAAGCCCCAGGUUCCUGCUGGAGAUGGGCAAGCAUGAUGAAGCCUGGAUGAUUCUCAAGCAAGUCCAUGACACCAACAUGAGAGCUAAGGGGACCCCUGAGAAGGUGUUCACGGUUUCCCACAUCAAAACUCCCAAGCAAAUGGAUGAAUUCAUUGAGAUCCAGAGUUCAACAGGGACUUGGUACCAGCGCUGGUUGGUCAGGUUCAUGACCAUUUUCAAACAGGUCUGGGAUAACGCCUUGUACUGUGUGAUGGGACCCUACAGAAUGAACACCCUGAUUCUGGCUGUGGUCUGGUUCACCAUGGCCUUAAGUUACUAUGGCCUGACAGUGUGGUUCCCCGACAUGAUCCGGUAUUUCCAGGAUGAAGAAUAUAAGUCUAAAAUGAAGGUGUUUUUUGGUGAGCAUGUGCAUGGCGCCACAAUCAACUUCACCAUGGAAAACCAGAUCCACCAACAUGGGAAGCUUGUGAAUGAUAAGUUCAUAAAGAUGUACUUUAAGCAUGUCCUCUUUGAGGACACAUUCUUUGACAAAUGCUAUUUUGAAGAUGUGACAUCCACAGAUACUUAUUUCAAGAACUGCACCAUUGAAUCGACUACCUUCUACAACACAGACCUCUACAAACACAAGUUCAUUGACUGUCGGUUUAUCAAUUCCACCUUUCUGGAGCAGAAGGAGGGCUGCCACAUGGACUUUGAAGAGGACAAUGAUUUUCUGAUUUACCUCGUCAGCUUCCUGGGCAGCCUGUCUGUCUUGCCUGGGAACAUAAUUUCUGCCCUGCUCAUGGACAGAAUCGGAAGACUUAAGAUGAUUGGUGGCUCCAUGCUCAUCUCUGCAGUCUGCUGCUUCUUCCUGUUUUUUGGCAACAGCGAGUCUGCGAUGAUCGGCUGGCAAUGCCUGUUCUGUGGGACCAGCAUUGCAGCCUGGAAUGCUCUGGAUGUGAUCACAGUAGAGCUGUAUCCCACCAACCAGAGGGCCACUGCCUUCGGCAUCCUCAACGGACUGUGCAAACUUGGUGCCAUCCUGGGAAACACUAUCUUUGCUUCUUUUGUUGGGAUCACCAAAGUGGUCCCCAUCCUUCUGGCUGCUGCUUCUCUGGUUGGAGGUGGCUUGAUUGCCCUUCGACUGCCAGAGACUCGAGAGCAAGUCCUGAUGUGAACAGCGCCGUGGGGAGAGGAAGAUGGGAAGAUCUUUUUCAGGACACUUCAGCACAGCCACACCUCCUGCCUCUCACUGUCCACAGGACACCACGGACAGCACAGAAGGAGAAAUGGACUGUGUGAUCCCUAGUUUAGGACCCACUUCAGUUGUUAAUACGUUUUUAACUCAGGUGAUUGGCUAGGGGUGCCCAGAGUCAACCUUAGGAUCCCAGAGCUGUGCGCUUAGCUUCAGGUCUCUCGAUCCAAGGCAGGGGGAGGACACUCCAGUAAAUCCAUAUAGUAAGCAAGAAAUUGCUUGCAUUUCAGACUGACAUUGAGGACAAGAAACACUUAAUCUCCUCUAUGUAGCUUCUGGGAGCCCAGUGACCUAGCAGAUUGCCUCAGUUGGGAGUGGGGUCAAUACAUAAAUAUCAGAUUCACAGAACAGACUAUAUAUUUGCAUUGAAAAGUAUCACCUAUCAUAUUUUCCUUUUGAAAAUUGGCACGGUAGUAUUGAAGAUACUCUGAUAUAGAAAAACCCAAUAUUGAAGCAAAAUGUAUAUAGACUGACUUUUCAUCUCAAGCGUCCUGAACUUUGCACAAAGAAGAGGUGACACGUCAAGAGUGAUAUUUAUUAUGGUUUUGCUCUAGUCAGAGACACUUGAGGUUGGUUAUUAUGUAAACUAUGUUUGUAAAUAGCAGUUUUGAGGUUUUAUUCCCACAAGUGGUAGCUGCUAAGAUUGCAUUUAGCCGAAUUUGGGGAGGACUUGCCAUUCAAGGUCCCAGGAAGCUGGUGCAAAUGGAUGAUGUUUAAGCACGAUGUCAGUGCAGCCAUCUUGCCUGCUGUCAGGAGGAUGUACUUGGCAAGCCACAUGCUGUUUCCUUUGCCUGGGAAUUUUUCUUCAACUUGGUAGGGCAGUUACUUUUCUCUCCAAUGCUGAUCGCUUGUGAAACUCAGGUCCAUGGGUCGUUUGAUGCUGUUUACCCAGGAAGAACAGGAAGAAAGGUUUAUUUUUAUUUUUAUUUUUUUUAAUGGCUGCUUGCAUUUUCCUUUUAAAGAAAAACAAAACAAAACAACACAGGUAACUGGCCAAGGAUGGGAAAACGAAAUCACAGUUCUUCAAAGUGUGAGUCCUUACUGUUUGAUUUCAAAGGAAAACACAAUGCACUUUUAUUACAGCAUUUAGGACCUAUAAGAAAUUUAUGCUCUGUGUGCUGGCUCUGGGGUUUUGCAACGGGCCAUUAGCAUGCACGUUAGGAAGUAAAAGGCACAAGAUACAUUCCUGUCUUCAGUGCUCCAAGGAAGCUUUUCCUGAGAUCCAGCAUGGACUGUGAAUGUGGAAAUGGAAGGACUCAGGGCAUACCGCUCUGGCAGGUGUCAGCCAUUUACCUGUAGUUUGGAGGCCAUGGUGAGGUAGCAGCUUUUGUUCAUCAGAACCCUCUGGGAUGGUAGAGAUAGGGAGCCAGGGGUUCCUGCCACCUGAGCUGCACUUGCCUGGGCCAGGGGAACAUCUGACCGUAAGAACUAGUUUGCUCACGCUAUUCGCAGCACACACAAGAGCUAUAAAGUGCUAACCUUUGCCUAUUAGAAACCCUCCCAAAUCCAAGGCAGACUAAUGGCUACAUUGAGUGUUUCCUCAGUUUUGUGGAAAUACUUAGAUGCCAGGACAGUUCAAGCCAUUUUCCCCUAAUCCUCUAGAAUAUAAGUCAGAGUGAAAUUUUUGAGACCUUCCCAUCUUCUAGUCUGGCUAACGCAUUUACUCUGCUUCUCUGGUCCCCACCUCUUUAUCUAUACCACCAUUACUUUCUGUACAGGGAAGGAAGAUGCAUCAGGUCUGAUGUGAUACCCCCAUUCCCCCAAAUAUAAAUAUAUAUAAAUAUACAGAAUGUAUUAAUGUUUCUCUCGGUGUUUUAUAGGAAUUAACUGAUAAUGCUCUGUUGAUAACGAGAAACUUUCUGUAACAUAGCUGUAAGAUCCUUUCCCAUUUUCCUGUGAUAUGGAAUGCACUGGUUAGGAUCCUGAGAGAAUCGUGUAAGUCUGUGGUUAUAGAUCCCCCAUAACAGUAUUCUUUAAUGGGAUAAUAGACCUCAGUGUGCAGUUACCACUCAAGAAGUGUACAAGAGGGUUAGAAUCCACACUUACAGCCAGAUAUAUCUUGUAAACUUAAAAUCUGGUUAAUUUUUUAAGCAUAGGAGUGGGUGGCUGCAGUCCUUUUAGGCUAACUGUACUCGGUUUCUAAGCUCUGUCUUCUACAUUACAUUUAUGGCUCCUUAAACUGAUUGCCUAACCAACCAAGGGCAAUUCCCAUCCAUCCAUCACAUGGGUUGUGGGAAGGAUGCAGCCAUGGUCUGCAGCUUCCUUCAUGAAGGAUUAUCUGGCCAUGGUACCUGACUGCUUCAUAACUUGCUGUCACUCCGGGUGAGAUAAUGUGUCUUUAAAAACAGUCCCUGUGGCAGGUCACUGGGAUAUAAUGUACAACAUUCUUAGCCAUCAUUUUUUUUCUUUUUUUUUUUUUUUUUUUUUUUUUUUUGUUUUGCCCUGAGAGACUCCCAGUGGUUUCUCCUGAGGGCUAAAGGGACGAGCUGUUCCCUCAUUGAGCAAGACCGUUCGCCGUUCAUGAUGUGUUUUAUGAUGGCUUCUUUGGGAAUUGCUUCUUCAACAGUCUCAACCGUGCUGUGGGAGCUCCUGAUGCUGACUUUUGACCUUUCGUUUUAUUAAAACUAAUUAGUGAAAGAGG